GCUGGGUGUGCUGUGAGGGUGGAGGACUUCACCGUGUGGCACCACGAAAACUGCUCUAUGUGCUACAUCCUGGUUAACGAAGCCUCCACCGAAGUAUGUCUCAUUUCAGACCGCCCUUGUUUUGAUACAAGGAAGCAAGUUUGGAUUAUCUUGCAACGAACUCUUAACACUGUAAGGAAAGAACCAACACAGAUUGUAACAGCACUAAGGAUUGUCGAGCGUGAGGAACGUGCAGACCAGUUUGCCCUACAGAGACAAAAAGGGUCUGGUUUCUUACCUCCUGGACGUCCAAAGAAAUGGCGUGAGAAGUCUCUAAGUGUAUUAGAAGGAGCUGUUGCCCAGCGAAUUGAAGGCAACCAGUUUGAAGAUAGAGAAGGUAGUAAGAAUUGGCUUAUCAAACAUUUAGAGGUCAUCCGGUUGCUUUUGCUUGAAGACAUGAAAGUCAUUAGGUCUUUGUGUGUGCCUUGCUUUCCUCCUCAUUAUGAUAUCACAAACCGCUAUGUACAGAUGUAUCACAAAAGUUUGGCAGCACAUCUCAUAGAAUUGGUUGAUGGUGGUUUAGAAGACAAUGAAUAUGUCUCACUACUAUCCUGGGUUCUAAAUGUGUAUGGAGGCAAAGAGCUGAUGGGGCAUCCUACGCUCAAUAUAAAUGUUGCCAAACUUGGACCUUUGCUGGACAACAAGGUCUUAGAUGAUCUUAUAUCCAAAUACCUUCAGAAUGUCAACACAAACUAUGACUCUUGGAUGGCAAGAGCACUUGAACUGGAGGAAAAAGAAUGGUACAGAUCUGAACCUCCUCAGCAAGACUCAGAUUCUCACUAUAAAACAGAAUUGCCACAACUUAUACAUGAUAUGGUUAAACAGAAUCUGGAUGUAGCAGCAACAAUCAGUAUUAAACACAGUUUGCCUUUAAAAGCAAUUCAGGAAUUUUGCUGUGAAUAUGCUGAAAUCAACAGCUUGAGAUGUAUUCAGUAUUUUACAACGUACAUUAUUGCUUUAGCUAACAGCUGUCAGGCAAUAGUAGAUGUUGUAGUCACUGUAAAAUCACAGUUUUGGAAGCCAGGUGGAUCCCAGCAGAAUGAUGGAAAGAUUGCUACAGAGUUUGAUGCACUUCUUACUGUUUAUCAGAGGUUACGAGAUUUGAUGUGCGACUAUUUAUUGGAAGAAGCCUUGGUUGACUUGCAAGAACAGUUUACAGCACUGCUGACUCCUCGUUGGCUGAAUAAUACAGAACCCAUGGACACAAUUUGCCUCACACUCUCUGACUACUUCACCGAUUAUUCCCACCUUCACCAGAAGAACUUUGAUCAUGUAGUACAGCUCUCACUGAAUACUGUAGCUGUGCGAUACACUACAGCAAUUCUGCAGAAAAGACUCAACCUCAAAACCCAGGAAGAUAGAAAAAUGGUUGCCGAGCGGAUAAUUGUUGAGACAGCAAAACUUUCCAAUGUAUUUGAACAAGUUGCACCAGACUUAGUUAAGUUUGAUUCACCUUGUGAGGUCAUGAAAGGAUUAGCUGAAGUAAUCAAGGUUUCGGAUGUUGAAUUCUUAGGUUUGGAGCUCCACAGGUUAUUGCGCAGGUACCCUGACAUGACAAGUGACCACUUAACUGCACUACUGCUGUUGAGAGGGGACUUAGGUCGACUGGAAGUUCGGCAGCGAGUGGCCGAAAUUAUGGAAGAAAUGAGAACCCAAAGAACUGGACCGUCCCAUAAAAGCAUUUUUUCUCACAUUCAUAUAUCAACAUCAUUGUUUACUUAAAGUUAACAUAAUUUUAAUGAGGCUUUCCUUUGAGUUUCAUAUUACUGAUAAAAUGAGCAUAAUCAGUUGUAAUAAAUUGCAUUCACAGGAUUGAUUAGUUUGUAAAUGUGACAGGACUAACUAGGACAUUGAACCAAUUCUGUUAUUCACUCAUUUCAAAGAAAAUUCAGUAAAUCCAUUCCUAUUAUGCUGAACUAAGAGCUGAAUAUGUUGGCUUAUAUGAUAUACUAUAUAUUUCUGCAUAUAAGACGACCUUUAGAUAAGACAAGCCCAAAAAUCAUGGCAAAUUUCCAUGAAUUUAUCUCAUAUCUGUAGUAUAGGACGACUUCUAAAUUACAAAACGAUUAUUUGAAAAAAAAUAAACAGUACAACUAUAUUAAUAAUAAUGAUGACUUAAAUAAAGGUUGUUUUGCUUGUUGUAUCCAAUAACAGUAUUACUAUUAUCAUAUCACUGUUGUAUUACAGCAUAUAAAUAUCGUUAUGUUUAUCAUUUGCAUUUGAUAUUGUUUACAUUCUCAAAAUCUCGGCUGAUUUGAAUAUUAUCAAUAUCUUCAUUGCCAUUAUUUGUUAGAAGAGAUAUAAUUCAGAGAUACCUUAUUAUCACAAAUUAACAAAGUUUGGUUGAAAAAUUGCACAUAUUACCGUACUUUACUCCAUUGUAUAAGCAUUAAGUAGAUGUGAUUUCUCCAGUUCUGAACAUCACUGCCGUCUGGCGGUUAUCUGUUUUAUUCAGCCUCAGCUAUAACCUGCAGCUUUAAUAUACAAGGGAGGAACAAAAAUGUAUUUUAUUUUUACUUAUGGAAGCCACCAUUGUCUAUAUGUUUUACAUACAGAAGGUCGCGAUGAAGGGAAACUAUUGUUUUGUUUACAUUUCAUCGCCAUUCUCAAACAACCGCUGAUAAUAAUACAAUAACGAGUGAUAAUUAUCGUACACAAUUACCAUUCAUAUGAUUGAAUUGUUCAAAACAGUUACAAACAGCUUUACGUGCUUCCUCACUUGAUGUUUGCUGUGUUUUGUUAUCACGUAUAAACAUGGGGGAACAUGAAAAUAAAAAGUGUCAUGAAAUUAUGAUUUGUACGAUAUCAACGAUGAAGCCGAAGUCGUCAUCGACUAGUUAGAACCAGACUGGAAUCCCUGUGAUGGUGGCACGUGACCAAUCGUGUGAUGUGUAUAAGAAAGUUUUAAUGAAAAAUUAAUAUAAUGUUAUCCUAAAUGUUAUUACCACUGUAAUGACACUACCAUUGAAAUUUCUAAAAGAUGAAGGUUGCUGUGACCCAACUGUAACUCGAUGUUUACAUUUUCUCAGCUGGGAUAACAUAGGGCUAGAUAAAAGUCUGUUUCAUUGAUUUCGAAUUAUUCCUCAAAUAGGCUAUUUGUUAUGAAGAUAUACCAAUAAUAUGUUAGGUAAAAAUGGUUUUAUUACCUUUAUUUCAUAAAGUGAAUCUUCAUGUAUGUUGGUGGUUAGGUUAUAGCACCGAGGCCAAGGCUAGCCUAUGAUACACAUCUUGGAAUUCAAGGUCUGAUCUUUAGUAUUGCAGUAUAAGACGACCCCCAAUUUUGGGGGGUGAAUUUUAGGAUUUAAAGGUCGUCUUAUACGUGGAAAUAUACGGUACUUCUUUUUCAAGUUUAACCUGUAUGAUGUAAGCAGUUGGUUUCAGUGAUGGUCAAAAAAUUAAAUUAAAUGCUGGCAAACACAGUAUCUACACAGGUUAUGAUUAUUAUUAUGGAACUCAAGGAACUGUUGGUUACUGAUUUAAUAUUCUUUACCUUAAAUUGAAGCAUACUAAAUCAAACCAUUGUUUUGUUGCUGCACAGGAAAUCACAAAGAUCUACCUUGAAGCCAGAACACAUAAUUAGGUACUUCCUGUUAAAAUAUCAUUCUUAUGGCAAUACAUAGAAGGAAACAUGAUUAUACAUGAAUAUACUUUAUUAAAAUAUCCAAGAACAUCCAGCUGCUUAAUAAAGAGGUCAUAAUUUGGAUGGAACCUGUAAUGACAGAAAAUAGAUUAGAAAAUAUUUAAGGUUGAAGGAAGCUUAUUGAUUUAUCAAUCUAUUUUGAUAUAUAAAUUAUGUAAAAGCUUUCCAAUAAUAAGGUGGUCCCACAGCAAAUGUUUAUUGUUCCUUA